AUGCAGACUGUGUAUACGCGCAGGGAUUUGCAGUUGCCUAAAGAUUUCUCUCUUUGUUUAUUUUCUGUAUCAAAAUUCCGUAGACAAAUUCUUGAUAAUCUCCACAUUCAUUAUUUUGCUUCGAGAGCAGGAAUCAACGAAAAGCAGAUCCGUGAUCCCGAUCCGAAGGAACUUACAAUGAAACUCGCUCAAGCAAAAAUGGAUGUUUUAGUUUAUAUCUUGCCUUAUUUCCAGGCAGUUUUAAAGCGUUCUCACCAUGCACACUCCAUUAUCGUUACUGCGGAUCAGGUAGCAUGGAAGAACGGGAAGAUCUGUGAAAAACCAACCACGGAAGAGCAAUGUCACGCCUAUCUCAAUAGUUACUGCAAUUCCUAUGUGGAACUCUACAGCGCAAUUUGUGUAUUCAAUUCCGAUACGGAAAAACGCUAUACAUGUUGUGAUGUUUCGAGAGUGGAAGUAGUGUCUUAUUCCCCUGCUAAUAAAAAGUUUGCUGAUAUUCCCAUGAGUGUACAAGAUUAUUUGAUCGAAAAGGGAGAUGUCUUCUACUCUUGCGGCGGAAUUACUGUGGAAGACCCCAAGCUACAGCAGUGCAUUACACAUAUCGACGAAAUGGAUCGCGUAGUACUCACUGCUUUCUUUUCAGUCUAG